UUGAUUUUUGUUUACGAAGUCUUUCCCCGGCGUAUGCUCAUCUCUCUCUUUCCCUUUCUUUUUCCAAAAGAACUCCAAAAAUUAGGGUUUCGAAACCCUAACUUUACCAUAGCUUCCCAAUCCUAUUUCUUCGUCAUCCCUUUGGUUUUUAAUAGAAAUUAAAUUUGAUAAUCUCCUUACUGUGUUUGAUUUCCUUCAACAAUGGCGGAACACUUAGCCUCCAUCUUCGGUACCGAGAAGGACCGUGUUAAUUGUCCCUUUUAUUUCAAGAUUGGAGCUUGCCGGCACGGUGACCGGUGCUCACGUCUCCAUAAUCGGCCAACGAUCUCCCCAACCAUCCUUCUUUCCAACAUGUAUCAGCGGCCAGAUAUGAUCACUCCCGGAGUAGAUCCCCAAGGACAGCCCAUAGAUCCUCGCAAGAUCCAGGAACAUUUCGAGGAUUUCUACGAGGAUAUCUACGAGGAACUAAGCAAGUUCGGUGAGAUCGAGAGUCUCAACGUUUGUGAUAACCUCGCCGAUCACAUGAUUGGAAACGUAUAUGCUCAGUUCAGGGAGGAAGAUCAAGCGGCAGCCGCUCUCCAGGCACUUCAAGGAAGGUUUUACUCCGGUCGACCCAUCAUUGCCGAUUUUUCCCCGGUUACCGAUUUCCGUGAAGCCACGUGUCGGCAAUACGAGGAGAAUAACUGUAACCGUGGUGGUUAUUGCAAUUUCAUGCACGUCAAAGUAAUUGGGAGAGACCUUAGAAGGAAACUGUUCGGAAGUUACCGGAAAUACAGAGGGCAUCGGAGUAGGAGCAGAAGCGGAAGCCCUCGCCCCCGCCGUGAUAGGGAUCGCGACCGUCACCGUGACCGUGAUGAUAAUCGCGAUCGGAAUGGUCGAAGACCUGAUAGGACUGACCGUGACGUCGGUGGUCGGAGAAAACAUGGAAGUCCUAAACGAAGCCAUAGUCGAAGCCGAAGCCCUCCACCUGCUAGGGAAGGGAGUGAAGAACGUAGAGCCAGGAUUGAACAAUGGAAUCGAGAAAGGGAAGAGAAGCCAUAAGAGCAAGCUCUUUAGACCACGGUUCAGGUCAUAUUGAGAGUUCAUGCUCCUUAAAGUUCUUCUCUCAGGAGACUUAGCUUCACCCAGCACCUUCACAAUCGCACUCCCGACGAUCACACCGUCAGCUCCCCAUCUGGCAACCUGUCCGUCGCAAUAUAUACUCAUUCAUUCAAUGAGCAAACUACAUUGAGCCCAAAAACAAAAAUUGGUAAAUACAAAGGAAGACAGACCUGCUUCACAUGCUCGGGUUUCGAUAUGCCAAAGCCAACCACAAUAGGCUUGGUUGUUACCUGCCGUACCGAAGUUAAAACCAUCACAAUGCAAGUAAAAAGGGUACUUGAAUUAUCAAAAUCUAUAAUUGUAAAAUAAGGAAAGAAAUAGAAUCUAUUAAAGGUUUGUUGAUUUGUCGCCUAAACCUGAAAGAUUUUUGUAAUGACUUUGAUAAAUGCACCAAGCAUAAGCUCGCCUUAGUUACCGAUCAA